AUGGCACACCUGCUGGGCAGCCAGGCCUGCAUGGAAAGCCUGCGCAAGGACCUCACUGAUCUGCAGGGCGCCAUCGUAGACGUGUUCUCUCGUGCUGGGCCCGUGCGUUUCCCCUCUUGGAAGUUCCCUGACCGUGUGGCCUGUGAUCUUGACAUGGUAGACUUGCUAGAGCACUAUGACCACGUGCCAGGUGACCCCGAGUUCACGCAGCUGUCCCAUGCUGUACUACUGGAGCUGGUCAUUGACAGGCUCCUGCUGCUGCUUCAGAGCUGUGCAAGCUACUUGGAGAACCUUGGCUCAGAACAGAUGAUGCCUUCUGCCCGGGCUGUGGGGCCCUGCAUGUCUGUGGGGCUCACAGUACGACGUUUCUGGAACAGCCUACUAAAGCUGGGCAUGCUCUACCAACAGGCAGCCCCCCAGAAAAAGACAAAGCAAGGGGAUGCCCCCACCUCUAAGUCCACAGCCAAGGGCGAGCCAGCCAAGAGCCUUGAACGUAUGACUGCCAAGUUCUUCAAGCCCCCCUCCCCAGUGUUAGGAUUGCCUCAGACCUGCCAAGAGUUGGAGAGUAUCCCUGUCAGAGUCUCCCUGCAGUGUCCAACCAUGACCUCCAAGAAUACCAAGAGCAUCCACUCCCAGACCAUUGAGACAGCCCUGGUGCCCUGUGAUGCGUGCACCAGUGUCCAGGGCAGCCUGCAGGAGGUGGGCAAGGUGGUCAUCAGCCUGUGUCAGAGCCAGAAUUUGCCCUCAUCCUUAGCCCAGUUCCAGCAGCUGGUGCAGGACAGCAUGGGACUCAGGCCACUGCCAGCUGCCACUGUGAGCCAUUGGGCAGCAGAGCAGAGCAAGGACCUGAUGCGUCUCAGUAAGCAUAUGGGGACCCUCUCUCAGCUUGUCAGCCCCCUCAGGACCCAGCUGGGGGAGGCUGAGGGGCAGAAGGCUGAACUGAAAAAGCAGGUGGACAAGCUGGAGCAGGCGCUGCAGCAGAAGGAGGGGGCGCGGCAGCAACAGGCAGAGGAGGCUGAGCAGCGCCUGGCUGAAUGGGAGCAUGACAAGCAGCACCUGCUUACAGAAAUAAGUGACCUAAAGAUGAAGGUAGCUGACCUGGACAGGGAACUGAAACAGCAGCAGGAGUCCAUGCAGGCUGUAGAGGCAAAGGCAAAGCAGCUGCAGGAGGAAAGCGAGCGCAGGGUGGUGGCUGAAAGGCAAGUACAGCAGCUAGAGGAGCAGGUGCAGCUGCUGGCGGGACGACUAGAGGGAGCCAGCCAGCAGAUCUGCUGGGCCAGCACAGAGCUGGACAAGGAGAAGGCCCGCGUUGACAGCAUGGUCCGCCACCAGGAGUCCCUUCAGGCCAAGCAGCGAGCUCUGCUGCAGCAGCUAGACAGCCUAGACCAGGAGCGUGAGGAGCUGCGGAGCAGCCUGGACAAGGCAGAGGCCCAGAAGGCCUGUGUGGAAGAGCAGCUGCAGGACCUAAAGGGCGAGAAGGAGCAGGGGUGGUGCCAGCUCCGGGCCCAACAGGAGAUGCUGCAGAGCCUGCAGCGAGAGAAGCAAGGCCUGGAGCAGGUGACCACGGACUUGCGGCUGACCAUCGUGGAGCUGGAGCAGCAGCUGGUGGAACUGAGGGAGAGGGAGCGGCUGCUGGUGGCCUUCCCGGACCUGCACAGGCCCAGCGAGGCCCAGAUCCAAAAUUCUGGCAACGUCACAGAUGACAUGGAGAAGCAAGUGAAGGCCAAUGACAUCCGUAUCCAGGUUCUGCAGAAGGAGAACGGGCGGCUGCAAUCAAUGUUGUCUAAAAUCCGGGAGGUGGCCCAGCAGGGGGCUCUCCAGCUGAUCCCACAGGACCAGCUCUGGUCCCUUCCCAGCAAGGGAACUCAGGGUGCAGCAUCCCCAGUGCAGGCUCAGCGAGUAUCCCCACGGCCCCUGGGCAAGUGGCACCCUGCUGGCAGCAGGACUGGCAGUGCGAGCAGAACCUUGCCAGGCCAGCCUCGAGCAUCCUCACCUCGACAGUCCUGCAGCCGGUCCAGCAAAUCCUCCCUGGAGGAUGUGACCCACUCAGCCAUCUGUGCCCAGAACCCCAUCCGGGCCUUGGCCAGGCUGAGGAGGAGACUGUCACCAGGCCGGGGCCAGGCCAGCUCUGCACACCUGCCCCAGGAGCGACCCAUGUAGCCUACAAUGGACUGGGGCUGGAUGGCAGGUGGCUGGCGGCCAUCCACUGUAAUAAAGCUCCUGCCAUCUACCCACAGCAAUCCUGGCCUCACAGCAUGGCUGAGUCGGGGGAAGAGUCCUUCCGUUCUUAUUCUGGGCAUAAGCCAGUGCAUCCCCAGCCACACAGGUCAUUGGCCAGCAGAGUCCUGGCAGUAUGAGCCCCAGAAAAUGGGAACUUCCUGCCUCCCUCCUGACAUAUUAUGGAAGAGGGGAGCACACCAAGGGCAAAAAGAAGGUUCUAGCACAUAGGCCAGGCAAAAGGCAGUCUUUCUAUCAUUACAAGUGUCAAGGGGUAAACCUGGAUACAGUGACUGGCACCAACCAAAAGGAGCAGGUUUGGAGGUGUGAGAGAAGGGCCAAUGAGGACACCUGAGACAAGGAUUUGGAGGCUCAGGGCUCACAGAGGCAGGCAGAGGGCAGCGAUAACUUCAGCCUCCCACCCUGGCUCUGAACCUGGGGCUGGGGAUAUUAAGGGCCCAAGAACACCAGGCCCCCUCUCCCUGGAACACUCCUUGCAGUUAGGAAAUGGUGAGAAUCACAAACAGUUUCUCUAAAUCCCGGAAGUCAAAGCCCCAGGAGGCCAUUCAAGACAGGCCUAUCCCUUGGGGCCCACCCAACCCAGGAUGCCACGUGGCUGGGCACUAAUGCCAACAGCUACACCAGGCACACAGCUCUAGUUUUCUUCUGGCCUCUGCUGAGUCACCUCUGUGACUGUCAGACCUUGCACAAGACUU